AUCAAGUCAAAGUUGAACAAACGGCACGCGAGAGCCCCACCAUUCCACUCAUACCCAUUCUGUUUAGACUGUUUGGUGGACCUGUGUGGGCCUGUUGCUUUGGAAACCAUUAGCCGUCUAUGCACUUAGCAGUGAGGGUACGAAGCCCGACCUCAAGCGAAGUGCCCAGCGGAUCCGACGCGACAAGCCAAUACCGUCGGUGGCCACUGAGGAACCGCAGACUAAGUUACCGUCGGCGCACGGGCUGCGACACCGUCAAUCGGGGCAUUUCAGGGCCAACAUGGCGGGAUGGUGCAUGGUUAGGGUAGCGUUGAUUUUCUUGGCACUGGCUACCAGCAGCUCGUCCGCUCUGCCAGUCAAGAGAGAUGUAGGUGUCGCCCUAGUCAGUCCCAUGUCUCCGGAUGACGUCAAGAAGGAUCUUCGCGAGGCCAUUGAUUUGCACGAACUUGUGGAUGAGCUUUAUCAGCAUGCCGUCAAGAAGGGUCUUCUUCCACAGAUGGAGAGGGUGAGUGAUGGAGAUGGAGAUGAAAUUGCGAAGAAGAGCCUCAUGAUGGGAGGAGAGAUGGGAGGAAUGAUGAGGGGGCGGAAAUCUGGAGGAGACUGGUGGAGAAAGAUCAGUGAACUGUCCAAAGACGACCCCUGGCGCAUCUUUUACGAAAAUUUUAUCGGCCGCGGUGAGGGCGGGAGAGGUGGAGGCGGUAAUGGUGGAGGCGGAGGUAGUGGAGGGUGUCUUUGUGAUUACGUUAAGGAGGGGGCGGUGGUGGAGGAGGGGACAAGCCGGGAAAUGGAGGCGGAGGCGGUGGAGGCAACAGGCCAGGUAAUGGAGGUGGCGGAGGUGGUGGAGGAGGCAACAGGCCAGGAGGAGGAGGAGGCAACAGGCCAGGUCAUGGAGGUGGCGGAGGGGGAGGUGGAGGCAACAGGCCAGGUCAUGGAGGUGGCGGAGGGGGAGGUGGAGGAGAAAGAGGCGGUUGGGGAUGGCACAAUGGCGGGAGAUGGUGAUAAGGUUUGA